CCCGGGGCCGCAUAGGAAAUGUAGUCUGCUCUCGCCUGCGCGGCUGCCGGCAGCGACUCUGGAAGAAGGGGCCUGACCCGAAACGUUAGACACCUGCUUUUCUCCACGGAUGCUGCCUGGCCUUCCGAGUUCCUCCAGCAUCAUAGUGUUUUUCAUCUAGAUUCCAGCAUCUGCAGUCCUUAGUAAAGUUGAUGGCUACAGAAAGCUGCAGUCUAAAGGCAGAAUGCAACAUGUAGGAGUGUACCGAGCCUGCACUGAUACUUCCACCGCCAGGCCAGAGAGGCGCCAGAGCUCCCGACACGUCCACUUUGAAGAUGCCUCUCUUGUCUCCCGGUGCGUUCUCGGCAGGUGAGAGGGCGGGAGUACCGGACUGUGACCGGUUUCUGCCGCCUGUUUACCGGUCCGCGGAUUCCGCCUCAACGCCGCCGGGAAAUGGCCAGGAAGAGAAGUGGCGAAGUCAAGGGACCAUCCAGCUCGGUUCUGAACAACGUGAACCAACAGAGCGCGGAGCCCGUGGGCGACACGAGCGGCCGGGAAGAUGUUGGAGAGAAAACAUCAUCAGAAGGGGGAUCAGCCCGAAUGUCUCUCUUCAUUCUUUUUUCUACCUUCCUCUCAGCUGCUUUUGUUAUGUACCUGGUGUACAGGAAUUUUCCAGAACUUGAUGAAGAGGAGCGAAAAACCAUUGUAAUUCCUAAGGACAUGGAUGAUGCCAAGGCAUUGGGGAAAGUUCUUUCCAAAUACAAGGACACUUACUAUGUACAAGUGUUAGUGGCAUACUUUACCACAUAUAUUUUUUUGCAGACCUUUGCCAUACCAGGUUCCAUAUUUCUCAGCAUCCUUUCUGGGUUUCUGUACCCUUUCCCAUUGGCACUUUUCCUUGUCUGCCUGUGUUCCGGUCUUGGAGCUUCCUUCUGCUACAUGCUCUCGUAUUUAGUUGGUCGACCAAUUGUUUAUAAAUAUUUAACAGAGAAAGCAACAAAAUGGUCGCAACAGGUCAACAAGCACAGGGAUCAUCUUAUUAAUUAUAUCAUCUUUUUAAGAAUAACUCCUUUCCUGCCGAACUGGUUCAUCAACAUCACAAGUCCUGUAAUAAAUGUACCUCUGGGUGUCUUUUUCAUUGGCACAUUUUUAGGUGUAGCACCUCCAUCAUUUGUGGCUAUCAAAGCUGGCACAACCCUUUACCAACUUACAACAGCAGGAGAAGCUGUUUCUUGGAAUUCAGUCUUUGUUCUCAUGUUCCUGGCAGUUGUCUCCCUCCUUCCAGUGUUCUUCCAGAAAAAACUGAAGCAAAAGUUUUCAUAACCUUAACACAAUCUUACAAUUCAUAACUUGGUUCAAUUUAUCUUUAAGUUAAUGUCCACUAAGUGGGUUGUAGUAAAGAAUAUAUUUGGAUUUGAUAGAUUAUUUUUUUUCUAAUGAAAGUGCUUACUUCAAAGAUGUGAUUUAAAUUUAUUCUUUGUUCAUAAAACUAUGACCUUUCCUUGCUUUUACUUCCUCUGCAUUGUCAUUGUCUGAGUCACAUAAUAUACUGCAAAUGGCUUGCUUUCAUUAUUGACAGUAGAAUUUAUUGUAUAAUGUAGCUGAACUGAGUGAAGCACAUGAUAAUAUUGCAGCAGUUCUAUUCCAAUUCCAGAUACACCAAAAUCAGCUCACUUCAAAGGGAGAUAAAUUUGUCCUUGGCCAAAUGCUAAAAGCACAAUAUAAUGUCAGUUGAAGUCAAUCUAACAGAAUUCUGGAGGUGUGGAGUGAAAUGUGGAACUGCUACUACUUUCCAUUUUUAGCACUAUGUUGAGGGAUGAACUUCUUUAAAAAUUUUUUUUCCUGUUAUUGUGGUUCAUUGUUGUGGAAACAUUUAUGCAAUGUUCUUAGAUGUAAAAAAAACUAGUUAUCUGCAAACAUAUGCCUUUAACAGUAUUAAGAAUGGCAAUAAAUUCAUAUUGUUGGGUAUAAUUAUUUAUAUCAUACAUGUUUUUGAUCCCCAAAUAGUUACAUGGUAUCACAACUUUAACGUCCUGAUGCAAAUGUAUAUUGGAUAGGAUGAAGGCUGGAUUGCUUACUGUUAUUUCUGCAUUCAGCCCCCAUGUACCAUAUUUGUGUUUUUUUUCUCCAAGUAUGGCUAUGGAUUGUACAUGUUCAUGUGUCUAAUGACCCUACAGAAUAAGUAAAAGUGCACUGCACACAACUGUGUUUCAUAAAAAUGUUGUAUACUAAUUUAUCUUCUGAACUGAUUUUUUAAAAUGCCCACUAGGUGGCAUGUGAUUCCAAAAAUCUGAUGUUAUGAAAGUUGUAAUGAGGUAAAAUUCUCAUCCAAGCUUAGUUAAUUGGGAGGAGAUGUGAAGCAAAGCUGAUGUUCCUCUUUCACUCAUGACAGUUGGGAGAGGGGGAGGAGAGAAAUCGGAAAUUCAUAGGCCAUUUCCCAUAAUAUCAAGUUGCAGUUUGAAGGGGCCUGAAGAGGAAGGGCAAGGUUUCCUGUUUGCUCAUGAAUGGGUCUAUGAAUGAAGGAAGAUAAUGGAAUAAAGGAAAAAUAGUAUCACAACUCAUACUUUAAAGUUUACUGGACAAAUUUUGUUGCCUUGUAUAUCUGAAAAGUGAACAAAUAAUCAUUAUGGUUUAACUGUCAAUCUGCUACUAAAUAUUUCAUGGCAAUGAUUUACAAAUUAAUGAUUCUUGCAGAAUGAGACCACUUUUUAACACAGGAACUAUCUGCAACUGCUGAAAACCAAUAUCAUAAUGCUUGAAUUCCCAGCAAGCCAAUUGGCUUUUUUUUAAAAAAAAAGACAAUGGCCAAAAACCAGCUCAGUUUGCUUAUGCUGACAAGCUUGCUGCUUAAUUCUAACAUUUGCAUUUUGUUGCGAAAUAUUUCUGUCAAAUCAACUGAAGAAAGACAAAGCCCUGCAUUGUACAUUUUGAAUUCUGCCUCAAAGUAUUCAGAAACUGGCCACAUGUCAUUAACUCUGGCUAAUGUAAAAGUGGUGCUAACUAGGUUCCUGCCUGCAAUGUAAUUUUAAUGAAAGUCUGAUAACCUGAUGGACUUUUAGAAUAAAAAUUGUAUUGCAAUAUC